AUGUCCUCGCAGUGCCAGCCGAUUGCAUUAGCAGGGCUGUACGUCCCACUAGUUUUGCAUCCCCUCGACCGUGUAUGCGGCCGACAUGUAAGCGCGCUCUUCGCCCGCCUCAGCAGCACUCAUUUCUUGAGGUCCCAGCGGGGCAGUGGGACUGUGGAGUUUGCGGUGCAGCAUGAUGCCAAGAAGCUUCAGUUGGCUCAGGCUCUAUGGUUGGAGCUCAAGCCGCUUUUGUUGGAACACUCUGAUGUGCUGAGUCAGAUGUCGUUCUCCACAAAUGAGUUUGUGCUUAUUGAAAAAUUCUUCAACACCUUGGCCCCUUCCACACUCUUGCGGUACAUGACGGCGGUCUUAGCGGUUUUUAGGACAGGUUUCGAGCUUGCUUUGCCAGCGAUGGAUCAGCUUAAUCAGGCGCAUUUGGUUGAUAUGCUUUGGGCGACCCACCGGGGGCACUCAGCGGCUGACUUUCAGCCCAUCAACACCAUCAAAGCCCUUCGCUGGUUCCGUCGCAUGCUCAAUCUGCCUCUUCCUGAUCUUUAUAAUGGGCUCGUGGCCAUGUUGCUGGUGAUGCUCUUGGAGGCUGAGAUGUCUUUGCAAGACAGAUGUCACGCGGGCAUGCCUCUGGCAGCGGGGGUUAUGGGGUUUCAUGGUACUGCUGGUUUUUUGGAGUUCACUUGGGUAGCAGCUUGGCUAGUUGCACUUGGUGAUGUAUGGCAUCGACUGCGCGUCAUGCGUGGCGAGAGUAUUGAUCCGGACUGUGUUUGGUUUCGUUUUGACGAAGAGACAGGGGAUUUCGCGCCCUUAUCCUACGCACAGUCGCUGCGAGUGCUGCGCUCGUGGUGCGUGGCAUCCGGUGCUUGCGCCACUGGGGCGGAGUCAGUCUUCACUUUGCACUCCUUGAAGUCGGCUUUGCUGUAUCUGAUGCACCUUCGUGCAGUGGGGAAGGAGGACAGGCUGUUGUCUGCACAGCAGUACGUGCCGGAUGGCACGCAUGUGCCCGCCGUGGCUGUCGAGCCUGCACUGGUUCCGCAGGCGAGGCCGAUGCGGGCCUUAUUGGAAGGCUCGGGCAUUCCGGAGUCUCUUUGGAAGGAUGUGGCCGUGUUUGCCCCAGAUGAGUUCGGGUCUCUUUCUGAUGCAGAAAUUCAGGAGUUCUUAGAUGGCCUCACGUACCCAGCUGAGCCAUCCGAUCUGUUGGUGAAGGUGCGCUUGCCGGAGGCAUUCCCAAAGCGACUCAGUGAUAAUGCCAUCACCACGACUUUUGUCAUUAGUUCAUCAGCAAUUGCAGGACAGGCGUUGGCGAUGGAUACCGUGGAAGUUGCGGUUGGCAUGGCCAAGAGUGUUAUGGCAGAACUGCUUCAUUUGCAGGCUGUGGCGAUUGCGCUAGCAGACGGCGCCCACCUCUACACCCUGCGGGAGAUGAACCGCAAAUUUCUUGUCAAGUGUUUCGAUCACUUACCUCGGGAUGGGGGGUUGAGAGUGCCGAACAGACUGGAGGCCGAGAAUGCAGAGAAACAGCUUUGGCAACAGAUCGCGGUAUUGUUCAAUGAAGAGAAUUGGACAAUGGAUCAGGCGAUACGCGAGGUUGUCGUGGCUCGCAACGAGCUUCACGUUUUGCUCAUGCCGAGGGCCGUCGCACCUAAAAUUCCGUGGCAACCGUGGACACCGCAUCGCAUCAAAGGCGAUGGCAAGCAGGGGACCCACGGCAAGGGCGGAAAAGGGGAUAAGGGCACUAAGGGCGGUUCUAAGGAUGGUAAAGGUCCCCAGCGUCACACCUUGAUGAUAAAUGGCCUGAGAGUGGGUAGCGCCCUGGCCACGUUUUCUGAAGUCCCACCGGUGCCCGCAGCAGUGGACUUAGCAAACAGUGAGGGCUCCAUGAAUUUGAAUGUCUCCGUUGGGGACUUUCAGGGGGGUGCAUUGUGGCUGGAGUCAGCAACAGGCACUUUGUGGCGCCAGCCACCAGGCAGCCAGCACUGGGUCAAGGGCGAAGAAGUUCAGACUUUUCGGAAUCCCAUUACUUUUCCAGCUUGUGCCUGGCAUGAAACGAUGCCAUUUGUGGGUAAUAGAUGGUCCAUCACUUGUUACACGUUGCCCCAUGUGCCAGCGGGUACAUUAGCCGAACUUGGUUUUCCGGAGGUAUCUCCGGAGCAACUUCCUCGUGUAUCGCAGACACAGGAGUCAGCUGCCGCAUCCGCAGUUAAUUCCAAUGCGCCAAUCUCAGCCUUGCCACCGGUGGUGGCCACACAGCAGCGCCCUCUUUUCUUCUUGGAUCUUUUCGCUGGUGCAGGUGCACCACUUUGUCAGGAGGCCGCACGUCGGGGUUGGGCGUGUAUUCCCAUAGAUAUUCUACAUAACAAGGCAUCAGACUUACGCGAUGAUCGCAUCUUCGAUGGUCUCUUGAAGCUUUCCCACUCAGGUGCAGUAGCGUUUGCAAACGCAUCCCCUCCUUGCUGCGAAUACAGCAUUGUGAAGCAGUUUGAUGGCGGACCGCCACCCUGCCGAUCAUGGGAAUGCUUGGCAGGCUUUCCCUCCAACAAUGCCGAAGCCCAGGAGCGUGUUCAGUCCAGCCACCUUCUGUUAUCUCGGGCAGUCAUGCUCUUGCACGCUGUAUUUCAGAGUGGCAAUCACGUAAGCUUAGAACAACCUCGUAACUCUAUGGCUUGGGCUGAGCCCGUGACUCAGGCUUUCCUGCUGGAAAUUGCGGCGGAUGUGAUUCAGGUUGCAGCCUGCAGCUAUGGUUCGAGCUAUGCAAAGUACUGGGCCUUCGCCACAAGUUGGCGACCUUUACAGCAAUUGCAAAGUACUUGCCAGCACGCUGCGGGUCAUCAUGAUGUGUUUCACGGCAAACGUGACGCCACAGGCCAGUUCGUGUCUCGGCAUACAGCGGUGUUCCCUCCCAUGCUGUGCAAUGCGUUCAUGGAAGCCAUUAGCCCGUUGUUCCCAGAGAACACACAUGCUACCGACUUCACGUCAUUGAAUCAGGCACUUUCUGCAUUGCCGGUUCGCCCCUUGAACGAUUUCCCGACUGGCCAACAGGAUGGCGGCGGCAUUUACAGCCAGCCCGACUGGCUCUCCUCCGGUGCCUGGCAACAGUUAGCAGAUACCUUGACUGAUGACUUGCAUUUCCGCAAAUCGCCACCAGGGUCGACCAUCCCCCCGGGCAGCAAGUUGUUGAGUGCUCGACAUGUGGAAAUCAAGUGCAAAGCGGACUUGCGCUUGGUGAGGGCCACAGGCAAGCGUGUCUGGAUUCGUGUGGCGGAUGCGUCAUCUAGCAAGCGUCGAAUCAGCACGGUGAGCAGACAGUUUAUCAUGUUCUGGGUGCACUUUUGCAUGCGGCCUCAGAUGCCCCGCUGCUUGUCUUUGCCGCCUUUGGAUUUUCAGUAUUCAUUAGCUGCUGACGCUUGUGCUAAGGGCAACGACAUUGGGAUUGGCGGAUGGGUUGAAUUGCCGAAUCAGCCCAUUGUUUGGUUUUCCGAAUGGUUUACGGUCCAAGAUUUCCGUUCGCUGGGGUUGCCCAUGAAAGAUGAUGCUAAUUUGGAUAUUACAGCGUAUGAGACGCUGGCACAACUGGCUCUCUUGAUCGCUUUCAUUUCCAUCACUCCUACUGGGCGACUUCGGGUGUGCAUCCCAUCUUGGUGGAAAGGCGACUUGCAGGAACUUCCUUCCCGGUUCACCUUGGAUCACCGGGUUCGAUGCCCGAUCACAGUCUUGUGGGAGGGUGCCAAUGUAGGGCCUCUUUGCAGCCAGCUGGGCAUUGAAGUCGCCUCCAAGCAGAAGUGGAUUGCGGCUGGGCAGUCGCUGCAGUACACCCGAAAGUUUCUGCAACACUUCUUGACGAUACUGCGUGUUCUGCUCCGACGACAGGUGGGUGCGCUGCACAUGUUGAUAUAUACCAAGGAUGUCCAGGCUGAGCUGACUUUGCUUAUGCACGGCCCUAGUGUGAAGCAGUCGACCGGGGCAGAGCUCUUCCACAACUGGGUCUUGAAAGGCGCAGGUGCCUUCGGAAUCGUCUGGCUCGCAAGAGCGGUGCUCGGUACGGAGCUGGGUGCGAUUGGUGGCUCCAUGCAUGGUGGCCAAAAGCUCCCGACGAUGGAGGUUGACCAGAAAGCGGAGGUGGCCCCCUCGGUGCAUCUGGUGCUCCUGGUUGCAGUCGUCGACGGCGAACUCGGAAGUGACAUUGAUGAUUGGCGGCUAUGCAGCGUGGCUGUAGCUGCGCAGAUGUUUGGCAGUGGAAAAACCACCCUUGGGCGCAACUUUAUCACGCAGCUGAAGGCACAGAGUGCUGCUAUGCAACAUUUUGAUUUGCGGAGCUGCACAACUCUGAGCCACGUCGUUUACAAGCUUUAUGGCCGCACGGAAGGAGGACCAGAAACUGUCAAGAUUGCCGAGUGGAUUUUUAAUAAAGUUGUGGAGUGCAACACUCCGCUGUUUGUCCAUUUCGAUGAGGUCGGCUCCCUUGGAGCAAAUGUCAGAGAUUUGCGUGAUGCUGUGCAGCAGACUUGGCAUCCCAUGCUUCAGUGUGGAGGCGACAUGCCUCGGAUCUACUUCUGUUUGAGUGGCAAGAGUGUUCCAUUGACUGCGGUUGGUGGACCUGCCUCUGGAGUUGGAACGAAAUGGAUCAUUCUGGAUCUGCUGCAGGAGCUGAUGAAUCUUGACAUGUUUCAAAGCCUUGAGCAACACAUCAAGUACAUCAUUGAGACAUCGACGCAAAGCGAUCCGCUUCUGCUCUUGCCUUUCCUGGCCAAGCUACCUCCGCGACUCUUGGUCUACAGUUUGCGAGCUCUACACCAUUUGCUUAAAGACCAAGAAGGCAGAGACGCUGAGCACUUUGAUGCGGAGAAGACCAUGGAAGAAGUCUACCGCAUCCUGUCCAAUGAAGUGCCACAAGUGGCGAGCGAGAUAUUUUUGGCUAGCAGAGAUGAGGCUGAGUGGCGCCAGACAUGGCUUUACUUGAUCCUGUUGGCCCAGCUGCGUGUACCUUGCCACCGUGAGAUGACCCUCAUGAACACCCGCUGA